CAUGGAGACGACUCACUCACAUCACUGCUCUGCGAUAAAGCUCACCUCGCUGCCCGUCUGACCAUUCACUGCUAAAGAGAGAGCUAAUACGCUGUCUGAAGUGUUGCCUAGCAGAUACCACGAUAUCGCAGAGCGAGCAGACGAUUGCCCCGCCGAAAGCACCGAACCACCGCUAUAGCACAGCUCGCACGCAGCCGCCAACGCGACGCGCAUAGACAUAGGACACGUUUGGGAAGAAGCCGUGGCAUAUAGGCUAGCAAAAGUGCAAAGAUGAGCCAGGCAGACUUUUUGGGCCGCGCCAUUGAGCAGGUCAAGAAGGCUAUUGAGACCGACACGGCUGGCGACUAUGAGGCGGCGUACCAGCAGUACUACAGCGCGCUCGAGCUGUUCAUGCUCGCCCUCAAGUGGGAAAAGAACCAAAAGUCGAAGGAUAUGAUCCGAGGCAAGGUUGCCGAAUACAUGGAGCGCGCCGAGAAGCUCAAGCAACAUUUGAACCAGAACGACGCCUCGAAUCGCAAGAAGCCGUCCGCCAUGGGCGCAAAUGGAAAGUCGGCUGGAGGCAGCGGGAAGGGCGGCAAGGAUGAUGAAGAUGGCGAACAAGAUGCCGAUUCGAAGAAACUCCGCGGUGCGCUCUCCGGCGCCAUCCUCACAGAGAAGCCCAACAUCCGAUGGGAAGAUGUCGCAGGUUUGGAGGGUGCCAAAGAGGCACUAAAAGAAGCCGUGAUUCUGCCCAUCAAGUUCCCACACCUGUUCACCGGCAAGCGACAACCAUGGAAAGGUAUCUUGUUGUAUGGGCCGCCUGGUACGGGCAAGAGUUACCUCGCAAAAGCGGUCGCAACAGAAGCAAAUAGCACAUUCUUCAGCGUGUCCAGUUCCGACUUGGUCAGCAAAUGGAUGGGAGAAUCCGAACGAUUGGUCAAACAGCUCUUCGGUAUGGCCCGCGAAAACAAGCCCUCUAUUAUCUUUAUCGACGAAAUCGACGCGCUCUGUGGUCCUCGUGGCGAAGGCGAAUCUGAAGCCUCGCGCCGCAUCAAAACAGAGCUUCUUGUGCAGAUGGAUGGUGUUGGCAAAGACUCGAAAGGCGUGCUCAUCCUGGGCGCAACGAAUAUUCCUUGGCAACUCGACUCUGCGAUCCGCCGCCGCUUCCAACGGCGUGUCCACAUCAGCUUACCCGACACACCAGCGCGCAUGAGGAUGUUCGAGCUGGCAGUCGGGAGCACACCGUGCGAGCUUAGUCAAGCAGAUUACCGGCAACUCGCCGACUUGUCAGAAGGUUACUCGGGUUCGGAUAUUAGCAUAGCAGUGCAAGAUGCGCUGAUGCAACCUGUCCGUUUGAUCCAGACAGCCACACACUACAAGCCUGUCCAAGUUGAGGGUGAGACCAAAUGGACACCCUGUUCGCCCGGCGAUCCACAGGCCAUAGAGAAGUCAUGGACGGAAUUAGAUGGUGACGAACUCCUCGAGCCACCACUACGUGUACGCGAUUUCGUCAAGGCGAUCAAGAGCAGCAGACCGACGGUCAGCGGCGAAGACUUGACUAAGAAUGCCGAUUGGACCAAGGAGUUCGGAAGUGAGGGUGCCUAGAUAAUAUCGUAGUCUGUACAAAGGGAGGGUACAUAGUUUUACUGUUUUAUACCGAAUGAGCGAAUCGAUGGGGCAACCGGCGUUGACAGGAGGUCUUUGGACAGGUGCAAGCAUGAUCAACUCAAGUCCAUUCACCAUCUGCAAUACGGUCUAACACCCAAUGGCUUUACCUUGAGGAUCGGCCUGGCGGAUAAACGUUAGAUGAGAUCAACAAACAUAGCAUCAAACACUACAAGACCAGAUUG